AUGACCACGACCGGUUUAACCAAACCAGACGCAAUCAAGUAUGGAGAAUCAUCGACAGAGAAACAUGUUGGGACUUCGGAAUUUGGUGAAGAUGGCUUCGUUCCAGCACCUGCCGUUCCACCUGUCGCUAUCGUCGGCAUGGGGAUGCGACUUCCUAGAGAUGUUCGAACAGGCGACGAGUUCUGGGAUCUUCUUAUCAGUAAAAGGGACUGUUCUUCUGAAGUUCCAAAGAGUCGCUAUAACAUUGACGCCUUCUAUCAUCCUGAUAAGUCCCAAUCAGUGAAGACAAGACGGGGAUAUUUUCUCAACGACGAUUACAUGCAGGGUUCGGACAAUUCGUUCUUCGCAGAAAUGCCUGGUUUCAACAUCAGCGAGCUCGAUCCGCAGCAAAUGUCACUCAUGGAGGUGGUUUGGGAAUGCAUGGAGAACGCAGGACAAACCAAUUGGCGAGGAGAAAAGAUCGGAUGCUACGUGGGAGUUUUUGGAGAGGACUGGCAUGAACUGACAGCCAAAGAGCCCCAGGACGUUCCGCGUGUGUAUUCAUUUGCGAAUGGGGGAUUCACUUUGGCAAAUCGAAUUUCCUACGAGUUUGACUUGAAAGGGCCCAGUGCAACCAUCCUCACUGCAUGUUCAUCUUCACUGGUUGCAUUGCAUGAAGCUUGCCAAGCUCUUUACAGCGGAAGCUGUUCCUCAGCCGUGGUGGCAGGAACCAACAUGCUGUUGACUCCUUCUAUGAGCGUGAACAUGUCCGAGAACAUGGUUCUCUCCCCAGACGGUUACUGCAAAGUUUUCGAUGCAAGUGCAAACGGCUACGGCCGUGGAGAAGCGGUAAAUGCUAUUUUUAUCAAACCCCUAGAUCAAGCCAUCGCAGGUGGUGACAAUAUCCGGGCCAUCAUUCGGGGAACGUCCGCAAAUUAUGAUGGAAAGUCAGCAAAGAUAUUCGCACCCGAUAUAAAAAGCCAAGAGCAGCUCAUCCGAGAGGCUUAUUCAAGGGCUCAGAUCCGUGACAUCUGGCAAACAGCUUUUGUGGAGUGUCAUGGAACUGGCACACAAGUCGGGGAUAUCGUGGAGACAACUGCCAUUGCUCGGGCCUUUGAGGGCAAGGGUGUCUUCAUCGGAUCUGUAAAGUCAAAUGUUGGACACGGUGAAGGUGCGUCGGGGUUGACUGCCAUUAUCAAAGCCGUGUUAUCCUUGGAACAUUCCACAAUCCCCCCGAAUCUUCAUUUUACGCGUCCCAACCCCAGGAUUCCGUUCGAAAAAGGCGGGCUCCAAGUCCCCGCUGAGCCCACUCCAUGGCCUCUUGAUCGCCAGAAACGCGUCAGUGUGAACUGUUUUGGUAUUGGAGGGAGCAACGCCCAUGCUAUCUUAGAUGCAGGCCCUGUUGUUGAUGAUGUCGAUAGAAAUAUUAUUGACAAGCAGUCAAUCCCUUAUGUUCUCCCCGCAUCAGCACAAAGCACCCCGGCCCUCAUUUCAAGACUUGCGGGCAUACAAGAGUACCUGAAGAGAAAACCACAUACGACACAUGAUGUCGCAUACACUCUUGGAGCUUGCCGCGAUCAUCUGUCCCAUCGAGGAUACCUGAUCGUUGACGGCAAGAGUGGCAUAACUGAAAAUCAAUCAACCCCACCGGCAGUUACGGGAGUCCCGCGUGUGGUAUUCGCAUUCACCGGACAGGGUGCCCAGUGGACGGGUAUGGGAACAAAUCUGAUGAGUCACUUUGAUACCUUCCGGCGCGAUAUCCGCACUCUAGACCAGAUAUUGCAAGAGAUCGAAUCCCCACCCUCAUGGAGCAUUGAAGGUGAGCUUUCGAACCCAGAUGUUUCUACCUGCGUCGAUAAGACUGAGUACUCUCAAACACUGUGUGCUGCGGUCCAGAUCGCUUUGGUCAACUUACUAGCGAGCUGGGGAAUUUCACCAUCGGCUGUGGUUGGAUACUCGAGUGGCGAGGUUAUUGCUGCAUAUGCAGCGAAGGCAAUUUCGAUGCGUGGCGCUAUCAUCAUCGCACAUCUCCGUGGACGAUGUAACGAGUCCACCUCACAGCGUGGAGGAAUGAGCGUGAUUGGUCUUGGAAAGGAAACUGUGAACGAAUACCUGAUUGAUGGGGUAGUUAUUGCGUGUGAGAAUAGUCCUCAGAGCGUUAAUAUUUCAGGGCCUAGGUCACAGCUGAGAAAGGUCAUUGAUCGCAUUGUUGAAAGGAUGCCAGAAACAUUCGUUCGAGAGCUGCCUGUCGAAGUCGCUUAUCAUUCCCCGUCUAUGAUGAAUGCUGGUGUAGUUUUCGAGUCGGCCGUUGCCUCUCACAUUGCUCACAGUGACACGAUGCUUCCUCUUUAUUCCACAGUGACAGGCACAGUGAUAACGGAACCGCAUUGGCUAGAUGCUGCUUACUGGCGCAGAAGUCUAGAAUCACCGGUUCUGUUCUCUACAGCGGUUCAGACUUUGCUUGAUCAGCAAAAGGAUCGGAAAACUCUGCUCGUGGAAAUUGGGACCCAUUCUACCCUUGCUGGACCUAUCCGUCAGAUCGUUUCGCCUCAGUCAAUUCAAGCUUAUUACAUCCCUACGCUUAUUAAAAAGGCAGACCCGACACAAUCCAUCUUGACAACACUCGGGGAACUGUAUUGUCAUGGACACCCCGUCGACUUCGCGGCAAUAAACGGCACCGGAAAUGUUCUCCACGAUCUCCCCGUCUAUCAUUGGGAUAGACAAAGCAUUGAUUGGAAAGAAAGUCGCCUAAGUCACAAUUGGAGAUUCCGCAAAUAUCCCCAUCAUGAACUGCUGGGCUCUCGCAUGUUGGAAGGUAGUGAUAUUGAGCCAGGUUGGAGGAAUUUCCUGAAGGCCAGGGCCGUCCCGUGGCUUAGCGAUCAUCAAGUACUCGGGGAUGUCGUGUUUCCCUGUGCAGGCUAUAUUGGAAUGAUUAACGAAGCAAUACGCCAGUUGUUUAACACCCAAGAAUGCACAAUUCGCAACCUACAACUCAAGGUACCGCUUGUUGUGCCAACAACCGAGGGUCAUAAUAUCGAAAUUGUCACUACAAUGCGACCAUUGCGGAUAAAUGACCGACUUGACUCCAAUUGGUUCGAAUUUACCAUUGCAUGCUACGAUGGAAACAAUUGGACCAAACAUAGUACUGGGCAAGUGGUGGCAGGUGCCGAGAAUUUAAAGAUUGAUGUCCCAGGAACACAGCGGUUUCAAAGGUCGGUGAAUACAAAGUCCUGGUACGGCUCGCUCGCAAAUGUGGGACUACAAUACGGGCCACACUUUCAAGGCUUAGAGGAUAUUACAGCAGAUCCUAUCAGCUUCGCGGCCAGGGCCACGGUUGGCGGAAUAUUCAAAGGAAGCGACAACGGCAAUGCUGUCCACCCUACUGUCAUUGACCAGUGCUUGCAAAUGUUCAGUGUCGCAGCCUGCAAGGGGAGGGCAAGAUAUCUGACAAAACUCUUCAUCCCGAUGUUCAUUGACGAAAUUUCUCUCGGUCAAAAUAGUGAUUUAAUGAAGGUCGAAGUCACUGGAGAAAGCUUUGCCGGAACCCAAGCCAAGUGCAGUAUUUCGAUGAGUGAUGGUACAAACACGGUACUCGCAAUGCGUGGAGUGACUCUGGCUCAAUUGGACCAAGGUCUUAGGGACGACACACUUGGAAUCCCUUUGCUCUCAGAAGCAGAGUGGCGUCCGGAUCUUGAUCUCCUUCCUGGCCACCUUCAGCUACCUAGUGAAAAGGACAGGGCCAAUACAGUUGGAUUGUUGAGUAGGGCUUCCACGCUGUCUAUGAUCUGCAUGCAUCGAAAUAUUGCCAAAGUAGAACCAUGCCCAGAACACCUUGAGGGCUACAAAGGCUGGCUAUCAAACCAAAUCAUGAAGUUGAAGACGGAUGGUAUAUCUGCUGUGCCCGAAGCGCAAUCAUGGGCGCAGAUGGACAGCGAUAAUCUGCGGGCACAGAGGCUGACACUAGAUAAGCAGCUUCAGACUGAGGGACUGGGCUUCAUCUCCGAACUCAGUCAGGUGGCAGUGAGAGAGAUAACAGCACUUGUUGAAGGAUCAAAUUGCUCUUCGUUAGGCUCGAGAAAGGUCAAGCAACUGCAGAAACUCAACGACUGGAUCGAGUCUCUCAGUGACCUAUUGAGGUGGUUCUCUCUUCUUUGCCACGCCAAUCCAAAUCUUCGUAUCAUUGCGGUUGGCGACGAGACGGGGUCAUUCACUUCUUCUGUGCUUCAAUAUCUUACCUCCGACGGAAAAGUCCUCUGUGCACAGUACACGCUGGCAACGACACCUGACAUCGAUGCCGCUCUGAAAGAUCGCUUCAAAGAUAAUAACCUAGUAGAGUUCAAGUCCUUGGAUCUCGACAAAGAUCCCCUUCAGCAGGAAUUCAAAGGGAGUUAUUAUGACCUAGUCAUUGCAUUUAAUAUUGGCGCUCGGAUGUCUGGCGUGACGCCAGCAUUGAAGAGUAUUGGAAAGCUUCUGACUCCUGGCGGACGAGUUCUAAUUCGCGAACACUGCCCUGAACUACCGGUGAUGCACUAUCUAUCAAACCCGUCCCAAACCCAGUUGUUUGACGAGCCCCAAGUUGACAUCAAUGCCAAGUAUAUGUCAACUGAGGAGUGGGAAGGAAAACUUCGACAGGCUGGAUUCGGCGGGGUUGAGACGAAGGGCGAUGACGGCAAAGCGCCGUAUCGUAUCUAUCGAAACUUGAUCGCACGCAUUCCACCAGAGAACCAUUUGCAGGGAAACACUGUGUAUCUUCUUUGUCCGAGUGAGAUGCAUCAAUAUCCAUGGUUGAUCGAAGUUGAAACGCAUUUCAUCGGGAAUGGCCAUACAGUGCAACGCUGUACCAAAGGGGAAGCGAUACCACACGGGCAACCAGUGAUCUCAUUCCUCGACUUUGAGUGCCCAUUCUUCUAUGAUACAAGCGAGAAAGACUGGAUGGCGUUCCAGGAUCUUAUAAAAUCCUCCCCCCAGAUCCUAUGGGUCACUCACUCAGUUGAGUUAGAAUGUGCUAAUCCAAACUUUUCGCUCGUCAUGGGAGUUUCCCGUACCGCACGACAAGAACAGGAAAUUCAAUUUGGUACAUUUCAGGUGGACAACUUUGAUAGCUUUGCCGCAGCAGCACUACUCAAAGUAUCGACGAAAUUCUUCAGACAAGGGGAUCGAACUGGUUUGGACGAUGUCGACUAUGAAUUUGCCCUUCGUGAUGGCUGCGUCUACAUUCCGCGAAUACGAUGGAGCUCCCUUUCGGAUAGACUGCUAUACUCACCUGACAUCGAUGCACCCAUGAAGCUGGACAUUGCCUCAUAUGGAACUCUGGACUCAUUGUCUUGGCGAGAACAUGAGCUUGGCUCCCCUGAAGCAGACGAGAUCGAAGUUGAGGUCAAGUUUGUUGGGCUUAACUUCCGAGAUGUGAUGAUUUCACUGGGCUUUAUGGCAAGUAAAGAUCAAAUGGGAAUCGAUGGUAGUGGGAUUGUGCAAAGAUGUGGCACUGGAGUAACCGAGUUCAAAAAGGGCGAUCGAGUCAUGAUAAUGCACCCUGGGCUUUUCCGCACACGCGUGGUAGUACCUACCUCCCGAUGUAUCCAUAUGUCACCGUCGGUUUCGUUGGAAGAUGCUGCCUCGCUGCCUGUGGUUUAUGUCACAGCGCUGUAUUGUAUAAUGGACAUCGGGAGAUUGGAGAAAGGACAGUCUGUUUUGAUUCAUGCAGCAUGUGGAGGAGUAGGCCUUGCUGCAAUUCAACUUUGUCAGAUGAUUGGCGCAAAGAUAUACGCAACUGUCGGGAGUGAGACGAAGGUACAGCAUUUGAUAAAUAACUUUGGGAUUCCUCGAAGUCACAUUUUCAGCUCUCGCGACACCUCCUUCUAUCCCAAUCUCAUGAAGGAGACUGACGGUCAGGGUGUCGAUAUUGUGCUGAAUUCCCUUGCUGGCGAUCUUCUCCACGCUUCAUGGAAAUGUGUGGCGGAAUUCGGCAAGAUGAUAGAAAUCGGAAAGCGAGACUUCCUAGAGCAUGGAACCUUAGCGUUGGAAGCAUUUGGGGGUAAUCGGGCAUUCUUCGGUGUUGAUUUGAUUCGGCUCGCAGAAAAGGCAGGGACAGUUACAAGGGAAAGACUCUUCCGCCAAGUCCGAGACCUUUGGGAUGCAGGAAAAAUCACCGCAAUUCGCCCCUUGAAUAUUUUCUCCAGCGUUGAUACACCUGAUGCAUUCCGUCAGCUUCAGCAGGGACUUCAUAUGGGCAAACUCCUGGUGAGGAUGCCAGAAAUAUCAGAGCGAGGGUUAAUUUCCAAGUCGCGUCGCAUGUCAAUGUUCUCUCCCAGGCUAUCCUAUAUCCUGGUCGGGGGUCUAGGGGGUAUUGGACGAGCGAUAGCAACUUGGAUGGUAGAGCGCGGUGCCAGAAACUUGGUCUUCUUGACCCGAUCGGCAGGAGCCACUAGUCAGGAUCAGUCAUUUCGUGAUGAGCUGGAGUUGCAGGGCUCUACAGUUAUUAUGAUAAAGUGUGAUGUGACGAUCCAACAACAGGUUCAAGCUGCCAUAGCCGCUUGCCCUUGUCCGGUUGGAGGAAUUCUUCAGCUCUCUAUGAUAGUUCGGGACACUUUCAUUCCAGAUAUGUCUCAUAAGAAUUGGCAGGACGUUCUUUCUUCAAAGGUAGCCGGAACCUGGAACCUUCAUAACGCGCUGGAUGGGAACGAUGCUGAUCUCCAAUUCUUCGUCGUUUGUGGUUCCAUAACUGGUGUUAUGGGCAACGCUGGUCAAGUCAACUACUCAGCAGCAAAUGCUUUUGUGUCCUCAUUUGCCCAGUAUCGGCUCCAAAACGGACUCCCGGCCUCUGUUGUGAAUCUCGGAGGAGUCGACGAUGUAGGAUUCCUUGCGGCGCAGGAUCCCACGCUUCGAGAGCGAAUGCGUUCAGCCUCUGUGAGGUUGCUAAGCGAACAGGAAGUUCUGGAUGCAUUUGAGCUCGCGAUAUUCAAUGGUGACUUUAAAGGAAACUCAAAUUCCUCAGAUUCGCUGAAUAUACCGAACAAUCUGAUUGUUGGCAUGAGCAGCACAAAGUCUCUUGCUGAUGCCACUGUUCGUCCACUUUGGGGGCAGGAUGCACGUUUCCGAGCUUAUUCGCAUCUCGACUUCGACCCAGAAGCAACUGCCGAUACCUCCAAGGUUGCCCCCAGCCUUCGAUAUAUGAUCUCCCUUCUCAAAAAUGAUCCCGAUACUCUAGAUGGGCCAGCUUGGAAGGAGCAAACAAUGCUGGAGAUCGCCAAGACCCUGCAGCAAUAUUCGACUUUUGCCCGUGGGCAAGACUCUGAGCAGCUCGCUACCAUACACAUCGACUCUCUUAUGACAGUUGAGAUCCGAAACUGGUGUCGUCGUCAUUUUGAUUUGGACCUGUCACUGAUUGCGAUAACUAAGGCUGCCACUUUUAGCGGACUAGGGGAUUUGAUUACUGAGACGCUACGCUCCAAGUACAUGAAGAAAUAG